UUUUUUUUUUUUCCAAUCCUUGUUCUUUUGUUUCCGGUUCUGCGCUUAGGGUUUUAGACCAGGCAAUCUGGUAUGUUCGGGCUUAGCGGACGACAACAAAACGGUCUUUUGAAAUCUCUUUUCACCUUCGGUUGAUUCAAUCUCCUCCUUGUUGUUAUUAUUUUCUUGCUCUUUCCCCCUGGUUUUUCUCGCCAACGCAGAGUCUGACCUCAUGGUCUCCGAUGCUGAUCGGAAUCUGUCGGUGAGAGACCUGGCGUUUUCGAUGCAUGGUGCUUGUCACCGUGUCCUUUCAUAGGGCCGUUGAUCUGGAUGAAAUCAAUAGUCAAUAAUUGUACCUCGACCAUCUAUAUUGCAUGACAGGUGUCGUUUCUGGUAUCGGGGAGAGGGUCUGUCAACCCUUGUUCUUUAUCUCUUGUUCCCUGUUCCCUGUCACCUGUCCCAUGUCCCAGCUGAGAGAUCUGAGAAACCUCCAGCUUGCACAAAUCUAUUACAGAGAGGAUCUAGCCACGGUGGCAAACCGGGCGUUCAGUAUUGAAGUCCUUACCUGUAAAGCCCAAUGGGACAAGAGUGAUAUACUGCAACUCGCACUGCCCUACAUCUGGCGUAUACGAGCAAGCUGAAGAUCAAUGCAAAGAUCUAACCUAGACAAAUGUUCAGAUUAGGGCUGCCUCUCUGAGCCCAGGAUAUCUGUUUGUCUUGUGCAAGCUGUGCCAGUGCUAUACAUAGAAGGAUUUCACAAAGAGAAACAGAGCAGCAGACCCCGCUUCAGGCUGAAGCGCUAUCUCCUGAGAGAACAAAAAGUCAAAAAAGACCAAUUGCUGGGUAUUUGUGACACGUUUCGGUGCAGUUGACUGGGAUGUUUUCUAUACUUCGGUUUGUUUGUACUUCAUGCAGGUUGACAGGGGCCUUGAUUGGUGCAAUAUGUGCUCCCAAUUCCAUCUCCCUCAGCCGCCAGGAUCACACGUGUUGGGAGGGGGAAAACCAACGUGUGACGAGACGUUGCAAAGCCCUCAAUGCAUUGUAUUGAUGCUGCCCGAAGAGCUUGCGGCUCGGACCGUGCUCAACUGCGCCCAAAUGGUCCCCGGCUGGUAUCCUUGACUCUGUCGCGCUUGUCUGACAGACUCUCCACGUCACUGGUAACUAUUCCUUGUGCUUAUAUGCGGGGCCUGUUGAUAUCAAGGCCUGUCUCUCAUUUCACCCCCACCUGCUCCCUUUUUUUAUUUUAUUCUUUGCUGGCCAAAGUUGUUCCCUACUUCUUCCGAUCUCUAUAUAUCUCUCUCUUGAAUACAAUCCUGUUUCCUCUCUGCACCUCUGCUAUUCCUGUGACACCUAUCUCCCCGCGCCGCGUUGUGCGCAAGAUGAUACAGUCCAAUAUGGCAUGGCAGCCAAAGCUUCGCCCCAAGGGCAUUCCCCAUAGUAUUGACGACUUUACGGCUGUGACCUCACUAUCCGAACUGGAAUACCGGACCAGGACGGGCGAGGACAAGCGCGACCAGCGCGUCUUCCGGGUCAAACGCAAGCAUGUUCUGAAAGCGUGCGAUCGCUGUCGCGUGAAAAAGACCAAGUGCGAUGGUAAACAGCCUUGCAAUCGCUGUUCGGUAUACAACCACCCAUGUUUGUUUCGCGAGCGAAAGGCUACCCAGACCAAAGUAUACUCUCGGGGCUUUGUCGAAAUGCUCGAAUCCCACCACUCCCUGGUAGUCAAGGCUCUUCAGAAACUUUACAAGUUCUGCAUCAACAACGAAGGUUUCCCUGGCGAGCCUCUUGCUGAAGCACCAGACGGCCACCCUCUCACGCACGCAAUUCUCGAUCGACUGGGGCUAAUCAAACAAGCCGAGGAGAACGCUGACGAACCAGAUGAAGAUUCCGAAGACCUGCGAUACCUGCGCAUCCUAUCAACGUCGACGGAAUGCAGCGUCACAGCCGAGCCCUCACCUGAACCUACGACUCCUCCGGAGUCUUCGCAAACAACGCUAUCACACUCGACAUGCCCUGUCCCCACACCCAUGCCGGCUCGCAGCAACACAGCCGAAGACUGGCAGUGGGAUCUCCAGCCAGUUCAGCAGCCAGGCUACAGCUAUCCCGACGCGGGAUACCAUGACCUGAUGGCCCUGCAGCGGUCAUCCAUGACUGCACCGGAUAUGUGCACUGAUAUCUCGCCUCCCAUUGAACUAUCGGCUGGCCCUUUGAGUCUGCCGCAUCACCAGCAGCAUGACCCACCGUUUUCGUAUGUUCUUGAUGGCUGCUGUGAUAGUGCGACUGCACAGCCUGAUACCAAGCCUAUUCUUACUCGACAUCAUAGCCUGACGAACACGCAUACGCAUCCGCACCCGCAUUCGCAUACGCAUCCUCUGGCGGGCAAUUUGUCUGGUGAUAUGAGUCGCGACUUUCAUUUCCAGGCGAACGAUUCUGGGUUCUACCAAGGAUUUACACCUGGCUGGUCUUUUCCUCCUGGUUAGAUCUAGUUUCAUCUACUGCAGUAAAUUUGGCCUGUCUCUCGUUCACGCUGGCUCGGGGUUGAGUAGAAGCUGCUGAGCAGCUUUUUAUAUUUCACUUCUUACCUAUACUUUACCAUUUUUUCAGCGAUUUUUUCUUUGUUUCCUUUUAUCUUGAUCAUUCUCGGUUCCAUCUAUCGCUCUUCUAUACCCCCACAUCCAUAUGUGAAGCCAGAAUCAAGACCACGCUUUGGAUUGUUAUUGGUCUUUAAUUUGAACGUGUCAGCACGGAACGUGGAGCACGGAACAUCCAGGAUACAAGACAGGUAACAUGUCUGGUACAUUGAGCUCUUGCCCUGAUCAUUCGCUUUCGUCUCUUCUUUCUCGGGCUCAGAUCUUUCUUUGGAUCGUCAUUCUUACUAUUUUCCCUGGGGCUGUUCAAAUCUGGUAUCUAGUUUGAGACACACCCUAUCAAUUCAGGUACUAGUCCUCGGCCUCCGAGUUUGUCCCAAGUAUUGAGUUCCGAUUGCGUUGCUCAGGGUCUAGGGACCCAACUUUAUACAAAGUUGGAGAGUUUAUGUAUGAUACAGCUGGGUCUACGUGCCAUGUG